UUAGUCAGCUUCACUGUCACAAUUACACUACCUGUCUCUCUCCUCUUGGGCUACCUUACCUACAAUCUUCGGUUUCUAAGAACAAAACCUCUAUAUUUGUGUGAUGGUGCCAUGAACGAAACCUCAAACCCCAUCACCACCAUAAACCCCAAACGUGUGUGGUGUGUGUGAUUCCAUGAGCCAUGCCUUCCUCUCCAAAAUCCUACUCCUCCUACGCCCGCCAAUCCGCCGCAUUCUCGUCUCGUAGAUCCGCCUUCAUCAUCGUCGCCUCCGCUGUGCUCGUCGGAUUCCUCAUCGGAACCGUCGCUUUUCUGAGGCCAAUUAAGGGCUACCGCUGCCUCAGCCCGCACCCCAGAUCGGUUCGGGUGGUGUGGGAGCAUGCUAGCGGCGGCGGAGGGAGCCAUGGGGUUGCGAAUAGGCAUAAGGUGAUGGGGUUUGUGGGGGUUCAAACCGGGUUCGGGUCUGUGGGUCGGAGAGCUUCGUUGAGAAAAACUUGGUUUCCCUCUGAUCGGCAAGGCCUUGAACGCUUGGAAGAAGCCACUGGGUUGGCUUUUAGGUUUAUCAUUGGUAGAACAAGUGAUAAAGCUAAGAUGUCUGCGCUUCAGAAGGAAGUAGCGGAAUAUGAUGAUUUCAUUCAGUUGGAUAUCCAAGAGGAGUACAGUAAGCUCCCAUACAAAACGUUAGCUUUCUUCAAAGCUGCUUAUGCUCUUUUUGAUGCCGAGUUUUAUGUCAAAGCUGAUGAUGACAUAUAUUUAAGGCCAGAUCGUCUUUCAUUGCUACUGGCAAAAGAGCGAUCACACUCUCAGACUUAUAUAGGAUGCAUGAAAAAGGGACCUGUUUUCACUGAUCCAAAACUCAAAUGGUAUGAGCCACUAUCACAUUUGCUUGGAAAGGAUUAUUUUCUUCAUGCAUAUGGUACUAUAUACACUCUUUCUGCCGAUGUUGUUUCAAGCUUGGUUGCACUCAGGAAUGACAGUUUCCGGAUGUUCAGCAAUGAGGAUGUUACUAUUGGAGCUUGGAUGCUUGCAAUGAAUGUCAAUCAUGAGAAUAAUCUUGAACUUUGUGCUUCAGACUGUACAGCCACGUCAAUUGCUGUGUCGGAUAUUCCAAAGUGUUCAGACUAA